ACAAUGCAACCAUUGAGAGGGGAUAUUAUUUUGAGAUGUUUUUCCCUUUUCAGGACCUGUGUCUGGUUGAGUAAGGGAUAAAUGCACCCACUUACGUAACUGACAAGAUUCCUUUGGGAAAUCAUUCAAUGAAUAACAAGUCAAUUGUAUUAAACUAAAUAAGAAAUAUAAAAAAAACGACAAAAAAGUAUGCAGUAUACAAAAUUACAAAACGCGCUUAGAGGCAUUGACUGUCACCAAUUGACGGAUUAAAAGAUAUUUAUUUGCUUGUUCAUUGCCAUGUCCUGAAGUUGUGCAAUUGUGCUCGACGGACUUGGAGUCCUUUGGCUGGUGUGUCAGAUUUUUGCAGGUUUCAGUUUGAAAUUCAAAUUUUGGAUCGCCCCUUUUCGGCCUUUUACGCCUCUCUAAAUUCGGUAUUCAAGGAAACCCAGGCCUUGUCAUGAUGGCGUCAAAGCUGCGCCUGCGCCGAGCCCCGAUUCAAAGGUUCCUGGCCAAUAGCCGCUGGUACAACUGGGGCAACUACGAUGCCAGCUCCGGCGAGUGCUGCCGGAUGCGCGACAAGAAGACCACCGCCUGCUUUAAGGCCCACUCGAUCUGCCCGGCCAAAUAUGAGCGCAACGAGUGCUACGAGAGACCUUCCUUCAGCAGGAACCAGUACCCCAAGUACCUAGAGGAGAUCUAUCAGCGCGGCAAGCCCGAUCCCGAAUGCUGGCUCAAGGUGAUCCGACACGACACCGAGCACUACAGGCCCUCGGAUAAGCAUCGCCAGUACCAGCGCACUUGGCCCGAGUGCCCGCUCCUCUGGCUGCGUCCCAAGGACACCUGCUGCCCCGAUCCGGAGACCUAUCCGCCCAUGAAGCGCCGCAUCCGUCCGCCGCAGGAGCCGCCGCUCUCGGCCAUCGACAAGCACCUGUUCGAGAUGAGCGUGUUCUGCAGGUCGGUCCUCAGGCCUCCCGGCUGCAAGUUGGGCCGCCGCCCGCCCAAGUGCCACGUGGCUAGGCAGCCCCAUGACUGCUGCAAGCAGGAGGCACCCUUGCCCAGUUUCUCGGAGGCGUGUCGCCACCUAAUACCGCGCUUCUGCCGCACCGAAUGCGCCUGUCAGGCGGUUCCCGGCCUCUGCGAAAUGUGGAACACGUACCAUCGGCGGAACAAGUCGCGCAGGAUCUGCACCAAGCCCCUGAUCGGAUACUCUCCCCACAGAUCUCGGAUGCUCUUUCCGUUCUAA